UCAUAUUAUUAAUAAUAUCUUUAAUUAAUUGCAUUUCUAAUUAAUCCUAUUAAUAAUGGAAUACUUAUAUUUUAUAAUUAAACAAUAAAUUAUAUAUUUACUAACAUCUGAAGUUCUCGCUCUCUCUUCAAUUCUCCCCACCUUUAAGUUGAUUCCUUACAUUAUCUCUUCCUACACUUUCAAGUUAUUGCAAAUAUAUAAAAUCUAUCUCAAAUAAAACUCCUUCACCGAAUUUUGGCCUCGGAUUUUGUAUCUGACGCAAUUAUCUAAACACGGUUAAUAAAUAUCCAUGGAAACAAUCAUUAAUAUUAAUUAUUAUCAAUAAAAGAACAUAAUUAUGUAAACGCUUGAGUUAAGUAUCCGGAUAGUUAUGAACGACAAUGUAUAUCCACACGGAACAAAAUUAUCGCAGCAAAAAUAAUUUCCGUUUUCUGAGUAAAACGUCUAAAGCUGAAACCUUGAAAGUGACGAACGAUUAAUUAUCUAAGCGACAGAUUUAAUAUCGAAAGUUCCCAAACGGCACUGAAUAAAAAAUGAUCUUAUGAAAGCAUUGACUUAUGUCGUCUACUCUUUCAAUAUUAUCUACCACAAUUGCAAAUUCCUCUCUCUCUCUCUCUCUCUCUCUCUAUCUAUCUAUCUAUCUAUCUAUCUCGUUUAUUUCUUUCUCUCGUCUUUCGUGCCACGUAAUGCCCCGAAGCUGCCGACUUAGGCUGCUGAUUAGCGUCCUUAGUCGUGGCUGGCACUUUCUUAUAGUUCACUUUGGCUGUCCUUGUACCAUAAGGCCGUCCACUCAUUAGGAGCCAAUGACAAAUGCGCCGCGCCGUCGGUAAUCUCCGGAAAUUACGGAACUGUGGAUAUCUUCCUUGAAUUUCGGCAGUGAAGGGUCUCACGUAUAAAAGCGCCGUGCACCAACAACUUCCUAUGAUUAUCGUUCGGUUCUUUCCACGUCAAACGUCUGAACGGUUGAACCUCAUCGAAAUGACCACACGCAUCGUCUCGCUGUUCGUGCUGUGCGCGGUAAUGUGCCAGACGUGUCUCGCAAAACCAGCAAAAGUGCUCCAGAAUCCAGAAUCUUUGAGCCCUGUGCAACAGGAAGAGGCGAUAUCCACAGUUUCUGAUAACAAGAGGGAACAACGAUCGCCGCAGUUCGGAUUUUUGAACGGAGAUUACUCAGACUCUGACUUGGAUUUCGAAGAAGGAGAACGUAGCUUUAAACAUCACUACAAGCAUCAUCACAAACCAGCAGGCUGUAGAGAUUAUCCUUGUGGACAAUAUCCAGGGUACGCUUUAUGUCAACGAUUAUUCGUUUCUUUUUUUGUCUUAGAUAUACUUAGAUCAUACGUGCCACCUGUUUAUCCAUCAUAUCCAACACAGAGUGGUGCAUCAGGGUCUUUCGCCACAGCUUCCGCAGGAUCCAUCAACGCAAAUGGACCCACCGGGGGACAAAGUCACUCGAACGCACAAAGCGCCAGCUUCAACUUCGGACCGUAUUCCGCAUCUUUCAGCGUCGCUGAAUCUUCUUCUGGCCAAAAGUUUUAAAAGACGUCCAAGGUAAUUGUUUGUCUUCGGCAUGGAGCUUCGCUUAACACUUACAACAGUCAACAAUUCACACGUUGUCGCAAAAUUUUUUAAAAUUUUACUCUCUAUCGUUCUCGCCUUCUCCGUGUGCAACUCGUACAAGAAAUUUAAAAAAUCCAAAAUUCUAAUCGGCCAAUCGUUCAUCGCGUUCUACGAACGAGAGUUUACCUUCUCCUAUUCCACUUCCAUAGUGACAUUUCUUUAAAAACCAUUCAACUCUUAUUUUAGUCGAGUACAUAUAAGACGCAGCAAGUGCGUCAUCAAUGUUGAACGCAUCGACGCUACUUUCUUUAAAACGCUGUACAUCGGAUCACGUACACGGAGAAAAUCUUUUUCCGAGUUCCUCCUACACAUAACACGUGUAACGACCACGCCAGUCGACACG